ACUGAAAGAUGACCGUCGGAUUCAAGACCUCUUUUUUCUAGAAGAAACGUGUCGCGUAUGAAAGAGCUUUAAGGGGCUAGACUAGUGAGAGCUUGCCGCACUUACAAUCAGGAAUCAGGAUCAAGGAGUUAAGUUAUUUGAAGCUGAAUCUAAUGGGGAAAGUUCCAACAAAGGUUCAAAUCUCGUCCAUCAGCUGUAAUGUUAUCUUUAAAUCUAAUAUCCUCAGAAUAUCAAAUAUUUCAGAACAGGUCUAGCACCGACAAGUCAUUUAUGUCCAAGUUACUUGAAGAAUUAUAGCUAGUUAGUCCUUUGACCAAAGCUUACGAGCUUCGAUUGAUUAAGAUCUCGCGAGAUCAGGGGUAGACCUCGCAACAGGUGAGCACUAAUUGAUGACACCUGCAGGCUAUUUGAGUUUGGGCCUUGAUGUCAGCAGCAUUUCUGAACAAUGAGCUUCUUGUUUCUUUGAACCGUUUCCCAAGCAGGUAAGGUGUUCGUAGAAAGAUUCGGUUUACGUGACAACUACAUUUUUGGUGUUUGAAAAGUGCAAGAAAAUGCCAGUGAACAAUAACAACCAGAAAGUAGUACCGAAUGCAGCUGCCCGGCUAGUCAAGCUGCCCGUGGUUCGCUCAGCCUGUGCCACCCUGUCGGUCCUGUACAGAGAUGCUAAAAGCAGCAACCCCAGUCUGAGAUCCAUGUGCGAGGCGCUGGAGAGCGGUGUGACCGCCCUGAGCGCCGCGGCCUGUACCAGAGCCUCGCCGGCCAUCGUUAAACUGGAGCCACAGAUCUCCAUUGCAAACAAUUUUGCCUGCAAGGGCCUUGACUGGUUGGAGAUGUCGUUCCCUGUUCUUCUGUCCCCGCCAGAUCAGGUUGUUGCUGCUGCCAAGAGCAAGGUAAAUGAGAUUAGAGAUGUGGUGUGCCUUGCUGCCGGUGGGACAGUUGUGACAGUGCAACACACUGUCACAUGGGUGAUCAGCAGACUGCACCAGGCAGACAACAAUGAGAACCAGUCAAUGGUGGAGAGAGCCAUCAGCAUGGCCAGUAUGGGACUGGACUCAGCUCUGACUAUGUCGGAGGCUUUGGUGGACCAGGUGCUCCCACUGCCAGAAGAGGAGAGAAUAGAAAAAGAAACCCACUUGGUGGAGGGUUUUGAGGCUUCGGUCCGUUCAGGAAGUUACUCUGGGCGCAUGAUGAAAAUCACUGCUAAAGUGUGUUGGAGGACCUACCAAAUGGUUGGCUCAAAAAUCCACUUUGUUCAGAUCACAAAGAGACCCACCACUCUGGUUCAGGACCUUCAGAUGAGCUGUCAGACUCUGGUGUGGAGCCUUCACGGGUUACCCCAAUACUUUCAGCAUCAGGUGGUUUCUGUGUUUCUCUUCUUCAACCAGAUGUGCAACUUGGGCAGUUCAUCAUCCCAUCAGGAACAUACUCGAGACAGAAGUCACUUCAGUGCUGCUGAAGGUUCACCACUCUCCAAGGAACUGGGCCGCUCACAGAGUACCCCAGCUUUAAUGAGAAUGAGAUCCACCAAGUCGUCUGUGUUUGAGAACGGCUGUAUUGUGAAAGGAUGUGUUCGUCGUUAGUUUUGACUUUUUGAUUCUGGAUUUAAACGAUAUGUCAAUGUAUUAAAAGAUUUGAAGCUUCAUAAAACUUGAUUCUUGUUUCUGUAGCUCAUGUUUUAUGUCCAAAGAUGCACCUGUCACAUUGCAAUCAAAAAUAAAUUGAACUUGUGUUAAAGUCUAGCUUCCUUAAAGGGUUAGUCUGAAAUUAAGUAUUUCUGAGUGUUUAUAAGAAUAAAAUCAUUAAACUGCAGAGUGGUGGGAGAACAAGAAUUUCCAAAAUUAGGUUACUGUCAGAUUUGUAGUUUUGUGAAACACUUAACAUAACCUUGAUUUCUAAGCUGGUACCAUGUAGGGGUGGGUAUUGUAAAAAUCUUAAGUCCAAUUAACAUUUAAGAACUUUAGAAGUCUGUUGGCACAAAUUUGAAAAUCAAAUCCAGUUUAGUGAUGUAUCACUCAUUCUGAAAAGUGCACUUAAAAUUCUUAUUUGUGGGGCUAUCUUUGCCAAAGACUAAUGUACCACACUAAGGUACAAUGUACAUGUAAAAGUAAUGUUUAUGGUACAGAAUCAAUGUUGGCAUCCCACAUGCAAUGGCUAAACCUUCACACAGAUGUUCAAACACCUUUGCAGAAGAACAGCAACUUUCAUCCCUAAGGUUUAGGGCUGAAAAGUGAUUAGAGUAUACAGACUCAAACAUGCCUGUUCCUGAUUACCUUCAGGAAAACUAUCCAAUUAAAGUCUGAUUAGCUCUACAGUGCACUGAUAAAGGACCAACCCUAUCACUUACCAUCUUUUUAAAGCUGCAGAUACUUUACUACAAAUGAUCAAGUGUAAACUAAAUACUUAAAAGGGGAACCAAAUUUUUAUUUUUGCCAUUUACUGUAUGAAAUAAGCUUAAGUGGUCAGAAUGUGUCCUUUAACCAGUUGUCA